CUUACAUUACAAAGUUGAUCAACCGCUGGCUUUACAGAGAGGAAUCAGAUUCUCCUCUUGCCGCCAUCGUCAACGCCACUUUCCACACGCGACUCUCUCUCUCUCUCUCUCUGUUUCGGUGCGUCAAAGCCUUUUUCGGGGACCGCAAAAGGGCUGCUUCUUCCGUGACAAACAAGGCCUCGCAUGGUGGGAUCGGCCCUCAAUCACCUUAUUAUGAAAUCGUUUCUCUGUCUUCUUCAUCAAUUAUUAGCUUCAAUAAUGCUCGUCUUUUCAUGCUCUGUGUUCUUGCUGUGUCUUCCGAGAAUUAUUGGUGCUCGUACUUGCUUUCACAAAGUAUUUCACGAAUCAUUCAGAAGAUUUGAGGAAGUUUCUGUGUUAAUUUACUGAAUGGAAGUGUUUUUUGGGGGGCAAAACAGAACAUGUUUUACUGGUAUAAGAGAAGAAGACGGAGAAAUAGAGUGGUAGAAGCGCUGUGAACAUAUGGGAUCUUUCAAGGGCCAUGUUCUUCCAGGGACGCUGUUUCUUCUGGUUGGUGUUUGGCACGUGUGGAGCGCUCUGCUUCGGUACGUGUCAAAUCCCAACUUGUUUCGCGUCCGUGUGUGGAACCCUGUGCCUGGCUUCAAUGGAAAACUCAAAUACUUGGAGCUUUAUGUUGUUGUCAUUGGGGGUUUCAUUGAUUUGUGCAUUGAGCUUUUGUAUUCAACUCACCUCAAGUUCUUCGUUAAUGGAGUUUUGAACCCUUCGCACAUGAACAACUUUGAACAUUCGGGGAUGCUUCUCAUGUUCUUCAUUUUUGGACUCAUCGCGCUGCUCUCUGAAAAGUCGAGAUUUGUUCGCCUACCAGAUGAAGCGCUUUGCCUGAUUGCUUCCACGGCAUUCUGCGCUGAGUAUCUAUUGUUUUACUUUCAUUCAACUACUCAUAAAGGCCUUGAAGGUUACUACCAUAUUCUCCUUGUCCUCUUGAUAGGCCUCUGCAUUUUGUCAACGGUUGCUGGAGCUAUUUUGCCUACCAGCUUUCCAGUCGACGUGUGCAGCGGCAUCGCCAUCACCCUUCAGGGCCUUUGGUUUUAUCAGACAGCCUUCACUCUGUAUGGUCCAAUGAUGCCUGAUGGUUGUCAGCUCAAGGACGAUAUGAUGGUCAUGUGUCAUUCAAAAGAUAGUGAGGUUAGAGGUGAAUUUCUUGCAAAUUUCCAGCUCUUUUCAAUGGUCCUCGGAGUUCUUGGCGGAGUCGUAGGAGUUUACUGCUUUGUAGCAGCAAAGUACGGGCGUUCUGACCUCGGGAGCUCGAAUGCCAUCCAUGCUCAAGACUAGAUUAUUUCCAGGGGAAAAGUAGCUUCCACAAACCAGGAAGAAAAGAAGGAAAAGGGAUGGAGAAUUGCAGUUGUGCCCUUUUACAGUUCACUUUGCAAUACUUUUGAGGCAAGUAGUUCUCUAUAAUCCUUCUCCAAUGACUUUCCACGAUCUUGUUGCUUGAGUUCUUUCUGUGUAAUCAUGUGCCAUUUUAUUCUUUUGGGGGACUUUGAUUGAAAAUUAUAGCUUCUUUUGGGCACCUCCCUUCACUAUUUACCCUAACCAACAACAUUUAAGAAUAACGGGUCGGGGCACCAACUUGAGCGUAGCUCCUCAGCUGGUUAAAACAUAUAUGUGUUCUAAAGGGUCAACUAUCGAGAUCUACCAAAUACUAUAUUAGAGU